UAUUUUGCUUGUCAGAAAAAUAAACCAUUCAACGAAAGCCACCACCUGCCGGUGACGCACCCACUCGUGACGGUAGUGUUUCUCUCAGGGUUUACCUCAACAACAACAACAAGAAAUAAAACUCGUCGUUGUUCAAUUCAAUCCAGAUUUUCGAUUCGUUGAUUCCGAAAUCGAAAGGAGGAACAACAACAAAAAAACGCCAAAUCGAUAAUCUCUAAUUCCUUUUUCUUGUUGCAAUUUUCGCACAAUUUGAUUUUAACUUAUUGGAUUAACGCGUUUCGAUUUUCGAUUAACGCGUUUCUCGAUUCAAGGUUACUGUUACAUAGGUUGAUUUGCGAUUGGAUUUGCGUGUCCUUGCAAACAAUCAUAUCAUGACUCAGGCUGUGGAAGUAUUGAAUCGGUAUGGAACGGAUCUGGUAGGAGAAGGGAGAGGUUCAGAUUCGGAGUGUUUAGCAGGUUUUGAGUGUUUUCUGAACAUUGUGAGGGCACUGGGAAUGGGAUCUUGUAUAUCUGAGGUUGGUGCUGGUGGUUCACCUCCUCUGCUAUCUUAUUUGCCGGAAUCGAAUGUAGAUGGUGGGAAGAGAAGAAGGUUAAGGGGUUCUUCUUCCUUUGAUUAUAAAAUACCUGGGAGAAUGUUUUUAAAUGGGUCAAGUGAUAUUGCUUCUAUGUAUUGUAAGCAAGGUAGAAAAGGAAUUAACCAAGAUGCUAUGCUUGUUUGGGAGAACUUUUGUUCAAAUGAGGACACCAUUUUUUGUGGUGUUUUUGAUGGUCAUGGACCUUAUGGCCAUAGGGUUGCGAAGAAAGUUAGGGAUUCUUUCCCUUUAAAGCUUAGUGCACAAUGGGAUUUCCAUCGUAAGAAUAAAGAUGGAUUCAGUAAUCAUAAUGGUGCAGCCACAAGUUAUACUUCUGAAGAGCAAACUCGACUGGUUGAAGAGAAACCCAGUCAUUCUGAUCAUGAGUUUGAUGGAACAAAUGCUAUCUUGACACUAAGAGAAUCUUUUUUGAAGGCUAGUAAGAUUAUGGACAAAGAACUGAAACUGCAUCCUGAUAUUGAUUGCUUUUGCAGUGGGACUACAGCAGUUACCUUGAUCAAGCAGGGACUGAAUCUUGUUGUUGGAAAUGUGGGGGAUUCAAGAGCUGUAUUAGGAACCCGAGAUCAUGAGGAUUCUCUUAUUGCUGUUCAGUUGACUAUCGACCUUAAGCCUAAUCUUCCAAAGGAAGAAGAGAGGAUUAGGCUCCGCAAAGGAAGAGUUUUUUCCCUUCCGAAUGAACACGAGGUACCUCGAGUUUGGCUGCCUAAUACUGAUUUCCCAGGUCUGGCCAUGGCACGGGCUUUUGGAGACUUUUGCCUAAAGGACUUUGGAUUGAUUUCUGUUCCAGAUGUCUCAUAUCACCGCCUUACAGAGAAGGAUGAAUUUGUUGUGUUAGCAACUGAUGGGAUUUGGGAUGUUUUAUCAAACGAAGAAGUUGUGGAAAUUGUGGCAUCUGCGCCGCGGCCUACUGCUGCUCGAUUACUGGUUGAGUCGGCUGUUCAUGGUUGGAGGACAAAAUUCCCUUUCUGUAAGGUUGACGAUUGUGCUGCAGUGUGCCUCUUCUUAGAUUCAAAUUCAGAAUCCAAGGCAGAACAUACCACAGACAAAUCGAUGCCUCUACCAGAAGCAUCAACCGACCUAGUCGAUCAAUCACCUCUACCUGGUGAGAAAGGAAUCGGAACAGAAGCCGAAAAACAGCAGGGGUAGCAUAGCUUUUGUGCUAUAUCUCUUCCCAAACCUUUGUUUUAUUGAGAAGUUUGGGAUACUUGUGCUAUAUAUAGCAGUCAGUCAAAGAGAGUCAUUGUUUUGAUGAUUUAUUUUUUGGUAGUUUUUCUGCCAAUAUUCUUUUCAUUAUUUAUCUUUGUCAUUUCCUUGGACAGUACUUGAUGGGUGGGGGUUGGAGGAGUUUCUAUGUAUGUUUUUGCAUCCGGAGGAAAAGGGGUACCGGGCUUAUUUUUAUUGCUAGAGGUCAUUUUUCCUUCUCUGUAUAGUUGAUUUGGACUUUUUGUAAAUCCAAGUCUCUAUCCGUCAUUUUUAUUUGCAUCAUCAUUUGUUAGUUGUAUUUUUCCAAUUUAGACAUUAAGCUAGAACUUACAAAAAUUGGAUUUAUAUGGGUAAGUGAACUUCUAAGUCAGGUUUUUUCUUUACUUCAUGUUAUGCUGAGCUCAAGUUUUGAAUUGUUAAUUGUGAAGUAUUAUGAAGAUGCUGAUACUGUGCGAAGCUAA